AUGGCGACCGACGAAACUACGCAAGAUGUAGCACCGAUGGACUCUGGAGAAAAAGAGAAGGAAACAACUUCAGGACCUACGACGAUGAACACUGACACAACUAGGAAGCGGCCUCGUCUCAACCUUACAGCGGAAGGUGGCGGACGAGAACGGAAACGCGGAAAAUCCAUGUUCGGGUUGGUGGUAGGAACACUCAACAAAGCCAAAAUAGAAGAUAAAGAGCGAAAUGCAAGCGAAGCGGCGAAAAAACGGCAGCUGAUAGAACAACGGUUACAGAAUAAGCUACGGAAAGAAACUGACUCUGUGCGACGAGCAGAAGAAGCGAAAAAGGACAAGACUCUGGCGAACCGGAAAGAGGAAGACCUUCAGCUAAAAGACUCCAUCUACAAAUUACGACGGAAACGGUUACCUCAGUUGGCGAACUUUCUCCUUACUUCCGACGUCAUCCCCGACAUUGAUGAUACCGAAAAGACUGGGGAUAACCCUCUUGCUCCUCCACCACGUUCACAUCCACCUCCUCUGUACUACUUACCCGCCAUCCUGACCCCUUCGCAAGAAGCGUUUAUCGCGAAGAGAAGAGAAGAGGUCAGCGAAGCGUCAGAGAAAGAAUGGAAAUUAUUCCGUGAAGAACGUACCACUGGUGUCGUGGAAAUUCAACAACUACGUCAACGCGUUGCUGACGAGGACGAGGCACGCAAGAAAGCUGUGGGCAAUGAGGACCAUCAGAUGGAGACAUCAGAAUCUGCCAGCAAAGACGGUCUUGCGAACGAAAGUCAUCAGCAAAGGACACCGAGGCGGAGCGGUCGAAAGACAGGGCAAAGGAGGAGUCUGCGCCCCCAUCUUCUGCAGCAGUGCAGGCGGAUGAUGAUGAUGCUGUCGAGUAUUAGUAUUGUCUGCUCUCUCCUUUCUUUUGGUUCAAUACUGCUUUCGUACGUUCAUUCGUUUUUCUGUGAGCUUUUGACUUUUUGUCCUUCCCUCUCCCAUCCGUGA